AUGGAGACCGAAGUAAUUGACAGUUUGGAUAAGGGCGACGGUGCCCUCCGCACCAUCAAGGAUUUGGCCGCGGGCGCAGCGGGUGGAAUGGCCCAGGUUCUCCUCGGUCAACCCUUUGAUAUCGUCAAGGUGCGCCUGCAAACUACCACUCAGUACAAGAGUGCGCUAGAGUGUGCAACCCAGAUUUUUAAGAACGAAGGUCCCGCGGCCUUCUAUAAGGGCACACUAACCCCGCUUAUCGGUAUCGGUGCUUGCGUGUCUGUCCAAUUCGGUGCCUACCAUGAAGCGCGUCGCCGCUUGGAAGAGCUGAACAAGAAGAAAUAUGCCGACUCAACCCUUUCCUACACCCAGUACUACUUGGCUGGUUCAUUCGCCGGUAUCACCAACUCGGUGCUGUCAGGCCCAAUUGAGCAUGUGCGUAUCCGCCUGCAGGCACAGCCGCACGGCGCAGGUCGUCUUUACUCAGGCCCCAUCGACUGCGUGAGCAAGCUGGCCGCACAGGGCGGUGUCCUCCGCGGUAUUUACCGCGGUCAGGCAGUUACUCUCAUCCGUGAGGCUCAGGCUUACGGUGCCUGGUUCAUGGCCUUUGAAUUCAUGAUGAACCAGGAUGCCAAGCGUAACAAUGUCAAGCGCGAGGAUCUCUCUAAGGCAAAGAUUGCCAUUUAUGGUGGUCUAGCUGGCGAGGUCCUUUGGCUCUCCAGCUACCCAUUCGAUGUUAUCAAGAGUAAGAUGCAGACCGAUGGAUUCGGCGCGCAGCAAAAGUUCAGCACCAUGCGCGACUGCUUCAAGAAGACCUAUGCCAUUGAGGGUCUCGGUGGUUUCUGGAAGGGCAUUGGCCCUACUCUGCUGAGAGCUAUGCCUGUUUCUGCGGGAACAUUCCUGACUGUCGAGCUGGCCAUGCAGGCUCUCGGUUAA